AUGUACGACUUCAUGCUCGUCCCCCGCACCCUGAAAGGCAGCCGGCCCCUGGAGGUGAACCAGCAGCACACCUGCAGGGAGCCUCGUCAAGCUCAAUACCCAGGCCCUAUAAGCCUGCUGCCCAGCCAGGGGAAGCAAGAGCCAGCCAGCCUCCAUCCAUCCUCGCUGCGUUGUAUGUUCUACACUGGAGCUGAAAUUAACCUUGCCAGAUCCUUCACCCCUGCCAUGUUCAAGAGGAAUUUCAUGAACCACUGGGCGUUCUGGGUGGGUCCCAUGAUCUGUGGCGCUAUGGGCGCCGUCAUGUACGACUUCAUGCUCUUCCCCCGCAUGCGCAGCCUGGCCGAGAGGGUAGCCACUCUGAAAGGCCGCCGGCCUCCAGAGCAGAACCCUUGUGGGGAGCUCAUCAAGCUCAAGACCCAAUCCCUAUACCAUAACCCUGCCACCAAGUCAGGAGAAGCAGUGGCCAAUCAGACUUAUUAUAGUAGCCCCCUGCUUCCAACAAUCCAGAUCUUCUCCCAGCAAUCCAGCUCUCCUCCUACAAACUUCCCCACGCCCCGUCACCAGCAACCCCAACUAUCAAAGACUAAUAUCUGCCCUAUUCAAGCCCCCCACCACCAUCAUACACAUAGUUUGAUGGGUGUGUAUGUGUACAGUAUGCAUGUGUACUUUGCUCACACUGACAAACUAUUUCUAACCAUCGCCACAGAGGGACAUGUGUGCACUCAAGGGGAGAAAAAGAGACCUAUGAACAAGCCAACUAACACAAUCAAGACAGCCCAGUGUAGGGUGGGCAGCGCUCAGAAAUAG